UCAAUUGUUGUGCUUGCGUUUGCGUCUGUCUGUCUUGCUUUGUUGUAUUGGAAUUGGAUUCGUAUUUCAUGAAUUGGAUUAGAUUAAUAAUAUCUUAACUUUAUAUUUGUUGCUGAUUUAAAAGCGAAUGCUGAAGUGAAUUAGGAAAACAUACGAUGAAUUCUACAGUAUCUGAUGAUUUAUCUCGGGAACAUUUAGCAUUAGAAGCUGCAAAGUGUAUUCAAAACAUAUUUACAAACACCCAAAAAGUUAAAUCUUUACACAAAGAACUAUUAGAAAUAAACUUAUCGGUGACUGCGUACAUCGAAGAAAGUAAGAGACGCUUGGAUGAGUUACGUUUGACCUUAGCACACGAAGCUAAGAGUUCUCAUAAAGUCGUAGAUAUAUUGUGUGAGAAAUAAUAUUACGACUAUGUCUUCUCUACCACCUGCACCAAAAAAACGUAUUAAUAUUAGAAACAAUCAAAAACAUCCACAAAAAGAAGACAAUAACAAUAGCAACAAGAGCUCGGAGCGGCAACAGGCACGGAAGUUCAUAACAUGGUUUAACCAUAUGAUUGAUAAUGAACGGCAGAACUUCUGUUUAUAUCUAUCUGAUGAUGCCAUGUUGGAAUAUUUUGGACGGACAAUAAAGACAAGAAAAAAAGUGGCAGCGUUCCUAAAACACGAUAUGCAAUGUUCAAGACAUGAUUUUACAACAGUAGAAAGUAUUGACAAGAUUCAGAUGAGACAGGAAAUGAUUUCAAGAAGAGGUGAAGAAUCAUUAGCCAGUCCCCAUUCUCCAGAGAUUUUUAAUUUAAAAAUAGAAAGACCGUCAAAAAGAAGGCUUCCUCGGUGUGAAAGUCCAGAAUGGGCAGAAGGCUGCCAACCUCCAGAUGAAAAAAGCUCAGAAAACAAAAGAAUGAAGCCCAGUGAAUCUCUAAACGAUAAUCAUCCUGAUGUUUUACCAAGAAAUGGGGUAAAAAGAGCACACAGUGAGGACAGGUCGGAGAUAAACAGUAAAGGAGACAGUGUCCUUGGCAGACGGGUUAAAAGGAAGUCUGUGCCGGUUACACCACCUAACUGCGAAGUCGGUCAAGGUGACUGUCUCCCGUCUACCAGCGGAACUGAUUCCGAUAGAUCCCAUGACACUUUGAAUGCCCAGCUGCCAAAACUAGCAGUUGAAUGCAAUGGUUAUAUAGAAUUCACAAGAACUAGAAAUAAUCGUGCUACAGACUCAAUGAAGUGGGAGCGAAAAUGUAAGGUACAAAUUAGCUAUUCGGAAGAUCCUCUUAAUAUUGGCGAGUAUAUCAUUUGGGCAUUGUUGUAUACUGAUGAAAGUAAGUGCAGAAGAAAUCUGUUGGCCGCUUUCGAAGAGGUUGCUAUUGAAGAAGGGCUGGUGAAAUGAUUUAAACAGUGCUUCCAGAUCUAUUUUAGUUCAGGCCAUACGGAAUUGCAAAAUUAUGUUUAAAAAAAAUUACGAAGUGAAAUAAUUUCAACAUUAAUACUAUUGGCAAUAAUAAUUGCCGUCUAAAAUUACAUGCAUGCAUUUCGACUUAAAGCAAUAUAAAAUGUCCUUUUCAAUUUAGUAUGAAUUGUAGGUAUUACUUUUGAUUAGUUCCGCCUUCAUUAUGUACCCGAGAACACAAUUUCCCAAAUAAUCAUACUUUUUGAUAUUAAAAAUUAUUAUACAUUAUUACUAUUAUUACAUGGGAUUUUAUUCAUAGGCACUGCACUGCUUUAGGUUAAAAAAAUAAGAGGGACCAAACUUGUAUCCUAUAAACUUGUGCACAUUACAUGUGAUAACUAGGUAAACUAAUGUAUACUCUUAUAGCAUUUAUUUUUUAGCUCUAUUUUACAAUUUGUUUAUUUGCUGACAAUUCUUUUUCCAUGAAUUUUAGAUACUGUCACAAACUAGGACUUAAAUUGAGCAUGCUGAAGGUAUUUUUCAUCUAAGAUGGUUUUUGGCACAAACUGGUUGAAAGAAUAAAAAAAGAAACAAUGUAAUAAGCAAACUAUUUUUUCAGUGUAACAGGUACAAUGUAAAACCUUCUUUAUUGUGAUUAAUAUUAGGUCAACUUUGAUCAUUUUCUAUUGCAAUAUAGAAAGUUUUAGCACGUACCGAUAUCAUGAGAUCCAUCCUAGAUGUAAAAAGGCCGCCGACGGUUUUAUUCCAAGAAUACAAUUCCUGUUUCAUCCGUUUAAAAACUGAAUUAUUCCACUUUGUCCCACCAAGCUGCCUCUGGUGGGGCAGAGUAGAAGCCUUUAAAUUCACAUUGGAAUCGCCUCUACUAUUUAGUGGGACAGUUUCUACUAACGAAUUUGUUGUAGGUUCUACAACACUUCAUGGCGGCCGCUCCUCCAAUAGUUUUAUUGCCAUAAUUUAAAUGUGGCACUGCGCAUACGCCAAGUCUAGUUGAUUUGGCUGUACAAACCUAUCAACAAAUCUUCGAUACUUGACCACAUUACCCUUCAAGCGACCAUCGCCAUACAAAUCCUUUGAUGUUCGUAAACGACUUCUUUACGCCUUAAAUGAUUGUAUGUAUGUUUAUUUUCUUUAGUUGCUUGGACAUGUCAAGUAUCGAAGAUUUGCAUAGUUGUCGACACAAACUCUGUGUUUUUGUCUUGUCAUUAGAAAGUUACACAUCAUAACUAUGCAAUGUUAUUUGUAAGUGCCCUGUACUUUUCGUAAGUAUAGGCACAAUAUAGAAUGUCUUAUUACUGAAUUACAAGUUGGGGUUGUAUGAAAUUUAUAUGACGUCAAUAUUUUUUGUUCUUGAAUAUGCAUUCACAAUUUUAUAUUUCCUUUCAAUAUGUACCACCGAAAUUAGUGUCGUUCUCGUUUAUUUUACGUUAGUAUUUUAGUCUCCUUUAGAAUAGUCAUAGGUAUAGGUUAUUGACUUAAAAAAUAUCAUGUUUUAUGUUAACAUCUAAUUGGUGAUACUUGUAGGUACGAAGCAGGCUUCUUUGUAAAAGAUUGAUGAUUGUCGUACUUCGUCAUAAUGUAAUAUUUUUUUUUAGAUAGUGUCCCUAAUUUUCUCCUUCAUAUGAGCGUAUGAAUUGUAAAUGAGAUUUUCAAGUAUAAUUGUUCUUAUAUCUACUUUUAAGUUCAUGUUGUUAUAGUCGUUACUUGUGAAGUAACGAGAGGGGAGAUUUUUGUUUUUAAUUAUGCUAGAGAUGUAUAAGACAAAUAAAGUUUGUUUAGCAAUA